AAGUUGGCAGCACUAAUUAUCUGUCGCGUUGUCAAAUUGCAAAAACAAGUGUUUUUUUAAGCGUUCUCAGCAAGCAAACUUUAAGCGCAGCGACUGAAAGAAAACAGCAAAAAUGGCCAAGAAGGACGACAAAUCACAGCCUGCCGAAGAACUGGUGAAGGUCAACAAAUGGGACGGAUCGGCGGUGAAGCAUGCUCUGGAUGAUGCGGUGAAGACCUGCUUGCUGGGCGAUCGUCCACAGUUGAAGGAGCAAUUUGGAUUGGUCAACACUCGUUUGGUGCUCUGCGCCUUGGCGGUGGGCGUGGCCAUAAUGGCCCAUGCCUGGGACUUUACCCAUCCGUUCCCGCAAUCCCGUCCCGUAUUGCUGUUCAGCGUGCUCGCCUACUUUGCCCUAAUGGGCGUCCUCACGCUCCACACAACGUUCCGGGAGAAGGGAACCUUUGCGGUUGCCGUACAAAAGGAAGCCGGCGGCAAAUCGCAACGAAUCUGGGAGGCCAGCUCCGAUAUGAAGAAGUACGACGAUAAGUACAUCCUUACGCUGAGCGUACGCGAUGGACGCGGUCAGCGGGAACAGACGAGCAUCAAGUCAUGCGCCGCCUUCAUCGACAACAAUGGCAUCAUCCUGGAUCAUCUGGUGGCCAACGAGGUCAACCGGCUGUUCAAUCCCCUCGCCGCCGAGAAGAAGGACAAAUAGCUCCAGCAACAGUUGCUGAUUGUCUAAUAAUUAUAAUUGCCUGCUUUCCAUCGAUUUCAUCGAUGUAUUCGCUGCAUUUUCUCUUCAACUUUUUUCAUUUCCUUUUUUUUUUAAUACUAUUCUCACAUUAAACUAAUUGUAGUAAACAAAUCGCUGUAUCUCUUUAGAGAUGGGUGCGUGAUAUUAGUGUGUCACGAGUGCAGUUUAUAAUUUGAUGCCUCAACUAAUUCUAAGAGAGGAAUACUUAAG